AUGCCAGGGUUAACAGCCCAAUUUGGGCCAAUCCGCAGUAUGGUUAUCCUCUCCAAAAGGGGGUCGUCUUCCAAUCCCAAAAAUGCCGCGCAGCAGGCCCCCCUCCUUCAAAAUGGACUCUUUGACGCUCAUAACACCAAGCCUUUCAAGAAUCCACAGUGGAAUUCUUUUAUCGGAUCAAAGCGAAAAUGGAAAAGCAUUAAAAGCCUUUCGUCUACAUCGACCUCUGACCCUUUGUGCUCCCCUUGGGGCUCAAUGGAUGUUUUACCCUCCCUACUUCCGCAGCUAAAGUACUGUGACAUUACGGGUCUGGAAAUGGCAUAUGUCGAUCCUCGAUCCACACUGAGAUAUUCGUCCGUCGAUGCCUAUCAAGUGAUCAAAAAACUUUCCCAAAGCCAAAUACAAGACUACCUGGCACUUCGAAAUGCAAGCUUUGUAAUGAAAUGA